AGGUACAUCUCAUCUUUCAAGAAUGAAGUGGUGAAAGAAGCUAAGAAGAACCGGCAUUUAUGUAAGACAAUGGGACCGGCAAAAGUAACGGUCCCAAGGCAGGACUCGUUUCUACGAAAGCAUCAUCGUGACGCGGUCGACACAGGCGUGUUACGAAACCGAUCGAAUUCCCUAGAUGCAACACAAAAAAUAUUGUAUAGAGAUUGCUGCUAUGGAGAAAGAAAAGCGGCGUUACCCCCUAAUACGCGUUUGGCAAAGGAUUAUACUACUACUUCCAGAAAUUAUGUGAAAUUUAACAAGAGAGCGGCUCAAGAUCUAGUACCUCGGAAACCCAAGAAAUAUAUUGUGGACACGCGAAACGGAGAAAAACAGUGUUUAGACAACUCUGGUUUGACCAUUUAUCAUGUCCUGAGGAAGGAAUUCGGUGAAGUACCUCAAUAUCUGCGAAAAAGGAAGGAAGCGGUUGAGCAAGCACUUCAAAAAUACAAUGAAUAUGUGAAGGAAUUGCAAGAGAAAAAUGCUUUUUAUCAAAUCCGAGAGCAGGAAAAAGAGUGUCUGCUUUCUGGUUUAAAGCGACGAUGGCGGAAGCUUUUUCAGCAGUAUCAGUCUUUGCCUGUAAUGAUGGAUACCCUUCCAAAAAUACAAGUGAAGUUGUGUCUGGAGAAGGUGUUGGCUGAUUUGGAGAAGGACAUUGAGCUCAUUGAAAAUUUCCGAACAAUUUACGUUUCGCAUUAAACACAGUGUAGCCGGAGUAUCAACUAAGUAAAUCAUGAACAAUGAACCAAAUUCGUUUUAGCUAUUUUGUUUUUUGCAGUUCUUAACAUCGCCCGUUGUUUUGCGCUCAUUUGUGCUAUACAUCCUUAUCUCAUGUGCUUUAGCUGUCUCUGACUUCUAGCUAAUUCUUUGGCGUCCAUUUUCCGAAACUGCUUCAGAUUCUGGUUUCUCAUCCGUUAGAAUGUUUGCUCACACGAGGUCGACAUAGGCACGUUCAGGGAAUACACACCAUCUAUACAUCUCUUUGUCCAUCUUGCAGUUCGGAUGUGCGUGUAUUUCCUCGGGAAGUUCACCGACUACCGUAAUGCAAUACACUUAUUUAUGUGCUUAACC